AUGCCAGGAAACAGGAUUGUGGUGUUUGCACUUGUGGCAGUGCUGCUUCUGUCUAGUGCAGCUGGAGAAGCUAAUGAGAAAAAUGCCCUACAGCAGCUUUUAGCCCAGAGGGAGAAAGCAAGGGAGUCUGCUGAUAGACAGGCGCCAGUUCUUAGGGCUCGCUCCGCACAGAUGGCGAGACGGGCACACCUAUCUGAGGAUGAACGUGAGGUUGUGACCAAACAAAUUAUGCAAGCAAUUUCAGAGAUGAUGAACUCUGAGUGCAUGUCUGAUCGGGACUAUCAGGGCUGGGUGGACUUCGGACGCCGGGAUGCAGAAUGA